AUGGAUCAACAUCCCGAGCCCAGCGAAAGCGAGACGCCUGCGCAGAUGGAGCCGACACUCGAUGAGAUUGAGCCGAUUCAGGAGGUUGAGAAAUUCAUGCAGAUCCAGCGCGACCGACUACUCAAGAUCUACAUCGGCCAAGACACAACUCAGCCACCAUUCCUCAUACAAGAAAGCACACUAAUCAACAGCUCCGACUACUUCCUCAACAUCAUCCGAAACAAUCGAGAAGGCAUAUGCCUGGAUUCCGGCGUCCUCUACCUCCCCGAAGAUGGCGACAAGGCACUAGCCUGGGCCAUGAUGCUAUACUGGAUGGUGAACAAACGCCUCCCAUCUGGCAUCACCGAAAGCCAGGACUUCGCGCUGAGAGGCAAACACCUGCUGUUGUUCACGCAGGCCUGGGUGCUCGCUGACAAGUACCUCAUGUCGAAAUUGCAGAAUACGAUCAUGAUGGCCCUCAUCAAUCACUUCGAGGAUUACGCCCUCCCCUUCGACGCCGCUCUCGUCAAUAAAUUGCUGAGCACUAGCCCCGUCGACACGCCCCUCCGCAGGAUCCUUUCGGAGGAGACGGUGCAUAUCAUGUACGCCGAGGAGCCUAAUGGUGCUUUUCCGGGUCGAAGAAUGAAGUCGAGUGAGUUGGUGGCGAGCGAUGGGGCAAGGGGUUGA